UAUUGUUUUACGUGGCAGUACGUGCUCUGGGGUGUUUGUAAUGGUUUGAGCGGUUUCGCGUGCUGUCAGAAACGUCAACUGAUUUCUUUUGCCAACACUUCGUGUUAGCAUACAAUUAUGGGGACACACGUCCACUGUAACAGUGCAAUGUCGGCGUUUUCAGCUCUUCAUCUCCUGAGGAGUUACAACCACUUUCUAGGACCAGCAGCCGACGUGGGUCAUCCGUAUAACCAGUUGCUGUCUCCACGAUUGUCCGACCUAUCGCCCGCAAGCCACAACACAGAUUCGCCCUCUGCAGGAGGCAUCUCGCCCAUUGCUUUGGCACCCCCAGCAGCCGCCUUCAUGGCCUCGCCAAGCCUGCUCGGUGCUUUUCAACCGUAUUCGCCCUUACUGCCUAUGAUGGCGGACUCAAAAACAAAUCCCAUACUGACGAGGGCCCUGACCGGGGUUAGUACAUGUGGCAAUGGAAAGAGACCGCGCGGGGAGAAGAAACCCAUCCCAGAUGACCAGAAGGAUGAGAAAUACUACGAAAGGAGAAAGAGGAAUAACCAGGCAGCAAAGAAAUCGAGAGACGCCAGAAAAAUCAGGGAGGACCAGAUCGCCUUUCGGGCAACGAUGCUAGAGCAUGAGAAUGCCUUACUUCGAGCCCAGGUUAUAACACUUAAGGAAGAGGCUCAGUCGCUUAGACACUUGCUUCUGCAGGGGAAAACGGAAGAAGCAACUCAUCACCAACAACGGCCUACAUGAUCACCUGUGCUCCUCGAAAUACUGUGCACUGCGUACAUUAGUGUUGUUAUAUACAUUAACGUGCAAUUCAUAAGAAUUUAGAUGGCUGUGAAUACCUUGUAUAUAAAGAACCUAACAGUGUGGCGUAACAUUUUUUCUUUUGUACUUCAGUUACAAGUUAUCAGAACAAGAUGGUGUAUUCAUAGAAUCGAAAUGGCUUACCGGGUAUAUUGACAGGCUGACUAGACUGUGCUUAAAAUAAAUACUAGCCGAAAUUUGAUAUUGCUGUUGGCAAACACGUAAAUAAAUUAAUUGAAUUGAAUUCCUUCAAUUUAAAUCCCAUAUGACCUGGGGAAAUGUGUAAUAAUUAAUA